UUUCACUCUUGAACACAGUGACAUUGUGGUUGCAGAUGGUUUCCACACUGUUAACGUUGGCUAGUUCUAGCUAGCCAAUAACUACAGAUUCUGGGCACUGAACUCGGAGAUAUACUGGCGAGUGGUGUAAGGACGAUGACUUACAUGUUGGGGUUGCUCUGUGCCUCCACUCGACCCUUGAGGGUUUGGGUGAGGGCAUGGGCUACCAGAUAUUCCCCGAUGACUGCCCGGACACUUUUAACGCUGGGAUAUCGUGACGCGGCUGAAUUUGCACUAAGUCGAAUCAGAUAUUUGGGAUCACAUGAAAACGUGUACUCGACUCACCGUCUACUUUCCUCUAACAAGCCACCGAAAGGGUUUGAUAAGUUCUUACUAAAGAGUGAAAAUGCACCUGGAGUCAACAAAUCAGCUGGAGAACCAAAAGAGGUGAAGGCUGAGUCCCGUGGCAGUGGAGGGGGGCCAAGUGUUGGUGGAGGAGGAGGAGAAGGAAGAAGAGGGGGAGGGGGAGGGGGUAAUAAAGGUGGGAAGGACUGGUGGACGCGAAUUCAAAAGGGCGACAUUCCCUGGGAUGAGCAGGGUUUCCGGUAUAUAGCAGUCGGAGCAGUGGGACUGAUCACUACAUUCCUGUACUACUACUAUCAACGUAAUUAUGUGGAAAAAGAGAUCACUUGGAAGGAUUUUGUGCAUAACUACCUUGGUAGAGCGCUGGUUGAGCGCCUUGAAGUUAUCGACAAAAAGUAUGUGCGAGUCAUUAUGGUGCGUGCAGAUGACCCAUUAGAUGCGGGCUACGAGUGGUUCAACAUCGGCAGCGUGGACACCUUCGAGCGGCAUCUGGAGACUGCCCAGCAGGAGUUGGGCAUGGAGCCUUCUCAGAGGGUGUCUGUGAUAUACAGCAGCAGUCGUGAUUGGGGUGUGCUUAUGGGCGUGAUAUACCCGCUGGUCCUGAUCGGCACCCUGUUCUUCCUCUUCCGACGGGGACCACUGGGAGGUGGAGGUGGACGCAAGCGUGGGAUCUUCGGCAUAGCCCAGUCUCCCGCCCAACUAAUGAAAGACGACAUCGGCGUCAAGUUCAAGGAUGUGGCUGGAUGCGAGGAAGCCAAGCUGGAGAUCCUGGAGUUUGUCAACUUCCUGAAGAACCCCAAACAGUACCAGGACCUGGGCGCCAAAAUCCCAAAGGGAGCGGUGCUGUCCGGGCCUCCAGGGACAGGGAAGACUCUGCUGGCCAAGGCCACCGCGGGGGAGGCCAACGUGCCCUUCAUCACCGUCAACGGCUCCGAGUUCCUGGAGAUGUUCGUCGGAGUGGGACCGGCCCGGGUGAGGGACAUGUUUGCCAUGGCGAGGAAGAACGCCCCCUGCAUCCUCUUCAUCGACGAGAUCGACGCGGUGGGCCGGAAGAGGGGCAGGGGGAACUUUGGGGGUCACAGCGAGCAGGAGAACACCCUCAACCAGCUGCUGGUGGAGUUGGAUGGUUUCAACACCAGCACGAACGUGGUGGUCCUGGCCGGAACCAACAGGGCUGACGUCCUGGACCCAGCUCUGAUGCGGGCCGGCCGGUUUGACAGGCAGAUCUAUGUCGGCCCGCCGGACAUCAAGGGCCGCGCCUCCAUCUUCAAGGUCCACCUGCGUCCCAUCAAACUGGAUCCCAGUAUUGACAGAGAUGGCAUCGCGCGCAAAAUGGCCGCUCUCACCCCGGGGUUCACUGGUGCGGACAUCGCUAACGUCUGCAACGAGGCGGCACUGAUCGCUGCCAGGCAUCUCAGUCCCAGCGUCAGCGGCAAGCACUUCGAGCAGGCCAUCGAGAGAGUCAUCGGAGGACUGGAGAAGAAGACGCAGGUCCUCCAGCCCACGGAGAAGAUGACGGUGGCGUAUCACGAGGCCGGACACGCCGUGGUGGGCUGGUUCCUGGAGUACGCAGACCCCCUGCUCAAGGUGUCCAUCAUUCCCCGGGGGAAGGGGCUCGGAUACGCGCAGUACCUGCCCAAAGAGCAGUACCUGUACAGCCGCGAGCAGCUCUUCCACCGCAUGUGCAUGAUGCUGGGGGGCCGUGUGGCCGAGCAGGUGUUCUUCGACAGGAUCACCACUGGAGCGCAGGACGACCUGAAGAAGGUCACGCAGUCGGCCUACUCACAGAUCGUUCAGUUCGGGAUGAAUGAGAAGGUGGGGCAGGUGUCCUUCGACCUCCCGCGCCAGGGCGAGAUGGCCAUGGAGAAGCCGUACAGCGAGGCCACGGCGCAGCUCAUCGACGAGGAGGUCCGCCUGCUCAUCGGCACCGCCUACGACCACACGCUCGCCCUCGUGCUGGAGAAGAGAGACGCGGUGGAGACGGUGGCUAAAAGGCUGCUGGAGAGGGAGGCCCUGGACAAGGCGGACAUGUUGGAGUUGCUGGGUCCUCGGCCCUUCCAGGAGAAGUCCACGUACGAGGAGUUUGUGGAGGGAACGGGCAGCUUCGAGGAGGACACCACGCUGCCCGAGGGCCUGAAGAACUGGAACGAGGAGGAGGGCAGCGGCCCGGAGGAGGUGCCCCGCUCGCAGGAGAAACAGGCUCUGUAGGGAGGGGCCUGGGAUGGAGGAGCGCGGUCUUCCCGAUCCGCGCGGACUGAGGCCAGAGUUCGUCCUGCGAAGGGGACCGCAGCCGAGCUCGGGGUUCGAGAACAGUCCGACAGUGCGGCGAGAGGGAUCGUCUCUGUGCUUUGUCACUCUAGCUUGUUUAUCUCACAGGAACUCGAUCCCUCCUCGUGUCUGAAGGGAACGCGGAAGUUUUGAAGCCAUGGUUAAAAAAACCAAAAAAAACCGGAUGUACGUUCUGCAAUGCCUUAACCUGGAGCUGCCCUCCUGGCUCUUCUCCAAGGUGUCCCGCGUGUGUGAGCUCUUCGACCCAGAAAUGCAAUGAGCUUAUUGGGAUGCUCCAGUCGUGUUCUGUCCCUCUUAUCAACAGCCGUGGGAAUAUCUUCAGGGACAGAUUUACUGCCCGCUGUGUCGUUAUCGUGAUGGAUUUCUAGUGCGGUGUGAUUUUUUUAGUCCUCAAUCACAUUGUCCUGCAGUUUUUAGGAUUGAGUUUUUGUCUAAAAAGUGUAUAUAUUCAAAAUUAAACGUUUUUUUUUUUUCAAUAUGAAAUAUGACUGAUAUUAUCCUUGCCACAGUACUGAAAGACCAAUUAAAUUAUGGUACAUUUAAACCAGAGCUUGGUUCUGAAUCCUAUGAUCUCAUUGCAUUCUGGUUGAAGCCAACUGUUUAAGAGUUACGCUCCGCGCAUGAACGUCACCUCCUACGGCUGAUUAAAAUAGAUCCAUAUUACAGUGCACCUAGGGCUUUACGUUUUCUGGGAAGAUAAAUAUUUGUGUAAAGUUAAUCCCCGGGAAGACGCAUGCCUGGACAUUCCAGGCCCACACAAUAUAGCUUGUGCAUUUGUGAAAAUAAACCCAGCUGUUCUAUUAUUAAAAACCAUUGUCUCCGCUUUACGUAUGUACAGAGCCUUGUUGGGCGGUAUUAAGAAUCGGUUUUCAUGUUUUCUUGGAUUGCAGAUAAUAAUUUUUAUUUUUAUUUAAAACUCAAAUGGUCAAGCGUAUAUUUUAAAGAUAAAGAUAGCUCCUCAUAAAUAUUACGUAUAUAAAUAUAUCUGGGCGGGGUCUGCGUUGUAUGAUGCAGCUUUCCUACAGUUCGAAGCCCAGCCGAGCUCACUGGAGUUUUUCCAUCCAGUGAUCCUUCCCGAACCGGGGUUUUUAUCCUGAAAUCAUGACGGCCGCUUUUCUGGUCAGGCAGAAAGAAGCCAGCCAGCUCAUUCUGUGGUACGUGCUGCUCACUGACCGCAGGGGUUGAAUAUUUAAUUUUUCUCAAUUAUUUAUUUUAAGUGUGAAUGUGCUGUUUUUCACUUGUUUUUGUUUGCGGGUGUGUGGUGUAGGUUGCAUUAGUUUGUGAAGGAAAGGGUCGUGAUUAAAAGCUUCAAAGCAAUGAAAUGUGAAAAUUGUGCAAGGCACAAUAGCUCCUAAAAAUAACCACUUCUGUCAUCUGAUCUCUCCAAAUCAUUUUAUUUAGAUUGCUCUAUUGUAAAGAAAAUAAUGAAAAACAUAGUACUGUGUUUAUAGACCUUUAACAUGUUACUGUUUUACUUUUAUUUAACCACAGCUGCAGUCAAUUCUGCAAUUCUUCAAUUAUUCUGUGAAUUCCUCUGGAUUCAAAAGUUUGCAAUAAAUAAAUGGAAUUUCCGAAAAGGAUCAUAUAAUCAUAAUCUCCAUUUUACAAACGAUUAAUGUUUCGCCCUACAAGCCACCAUUUUUCCUGCCCAGCUUUUGUAUUGUAUUUUUUUCUCUAGUUGACUGUCUUUGUCAAAGGCAGGUGGCCAUCUCUGACAUAUUUGAUGUUCAUGCUUGUCUCUCAUAAGAGAAGACCGCGUCUGAUACAGUUUUGUUAAGUGCACUGCAGUGUUAUAUUGGAUGAUUUGAACAGUCUGGAGAAGCAGGUUUUUUGCCUUGGGCCUUGUUGAUUUUUCUGUAGUUCUUAAGGCUGUUUGGCAAGUGGGUCAGCCGAUCCCCCAGUCGGUCCUGUGCAGUCUGUAGUGGGUCCAUCUCGUCAGAACUAGGGCACGGAGGGGUGUAGCGGCCCAGAGAUGUGAUUUAUCACCCUGACUAACCGCCGCCACUACUGUACCUGGCGCUUCCCCGUUCCGGCGCUUUCCCGUUCCGGCGCUCCUGAGGGGAUCGACGGAGGCUCUUAUUUUAGACGCUGUGUGUGUGGAAGUUCGGUGUCUGGCAGAAAGAGCUGCAUGAUCUGCACUGGGAAAUAAAAUGCCGUGGAAAUGCAGGAAACACAGAUAAGGUGGAAGAACACUUUCGAUGCCGCGAACCUUCAAUUUAUUCCUUUUGAGUCAAUCUGGCUGUGUUUGCAGCUUAUUGAAACUGUGUUUCUGCAGCCGUUAUGCCCCUUCAGGUGUGUUACUGUAAACCCCCUUGUAGACUCAUUUUAUCUUCAUACAUUCACUGACUGAACUGAUGCUGUGAAGAACAUCUAGCAGAAUGGAGACAUUCUGGCCCGAUAAUUUCACUCCAUGCCUACCUGACAUUAUUAUGUGGGUUUGCUGGACUCCCCAUGACCACGUUUCGAUUAUCGCUUCUGUUUUUGGGAUCAAGUUUGAAUUGAUGUGGAUGUGAAUAUUAGCCUCGACGCUGUUGGAAUUGCCACAGGGGGGCAAUUUUUGUUUUUUCCAAAGGGAUAGCAGACUGGUGCUGUCGUAUGUUAUGGUUUUGCAGUGCGAGUUGAAAAAUGUAGAUAUGUAUGUUUUCAAAACACUUUGCCAGCAAGAAGGAUGUGACUACCUCACAAAAUAUUACCUGACUCCCAACUUUUAAGGAAUAUCCAAAAAAAAGAAACAUCCAUUAUGCUUUGUAAAGUUACUGAUUGUUUUCAUUUCAAGCUUAAUGUUUUUUGUUUUUUUUGUUUUUAUAGUACUGUUUUUUCCCCCAAUUAAAUCAGUUGCAUAAAAUAACGUAAAAAUCUCAUUGGCCAGUUUGGAUAAAUGGCAGUAAAUGGGUAGAACAUUCCAGAUAAAAGUGAAGAGUAUUUUCUGACCACCUGACCAUUUUCCUGCUGAUCUGCUUGCUUUGCUGCUGGAGAUAGGUCACCACUGUUGAUACAGAGCUACGGUUGUCAUGGCGUUUUGUGAAUAAGCUUGCACUAAAGUAUGAAUGUUCACUGUCCGUCAUGUUGUAUUAACACACGUACACUCAUGGACAGCUUUAAGGCGAUUGGAGAGAAGUUAAGUAAAAGCGCACUGACAUUCUCUAAUGUUUAAAGCUGAGAACUGUAUGAUUAAGGGUGAAUGAAAUGAUGAUUUCAGUGUACAGGUCAAGACGGUUGAUUUAAUAAAUGCAUUUGAGAAAAAUU